AUAGAUAGCUCCUGUUGGCGCAGAACAGGAGAGGUGGCCGAGAACUGGCGAUUUUUACCGCUCUUUGAUCCUCAUCCGCUGGAGAGCUUGCGGAGAUUCGGUGGAGGACUUCAUCGAUACCUUCUUUUGAGCGUAGAUUAUUAGAUCGAACGAGUAGAGGACGGAUCAACAACAGGAGGGGUGCUACGAGGGACAAGAGUGGGAGAGCGACAAAGGGAAGGAGGGGGGAGAAGAGAGAUGGCCGGACCCGGAGUGAUUGCUCUUUUCGACGUGGAUGGUACUUUGACACCGGCGCGUAAGGAGGCCGAUGAUGACAUGCUGUCAUUUCUCCAGGAGUUGAGAAAGGUUGUAAAAGUUGGUAUUGUUGGAGGGUCGGACCUAGUGAAGAUCAGUGAGCAGUUGGGAAAGAACACGACCACUGACUAUGAUUACGUCUUCGCUGAGAACGGCUUGGUGGCUUUUAAGGAUGGGAAGCAGAUUGGCAGCCAGAGUUUGAAAACUCACAUCGGUGAUGACCAACUGAAGGAACUUAUCAAUUUUGUUCUUCAUUAUAUUGCCAAUUUAGACAUUCCCAUCAAGAGAGGCACUUUCGUCGAGUUCCGUACUGGAAUGAUCAACGUAUCGCCGAUCGGACGAAACUGUAGCCGCGAAGAGCGGAACGCUUUCGAAGAGUACGACAAGGUUCAUAAAGUGCGCGAGAAAAUGGUGAGCGUUCUCAAGGAGAAGUUUGCACCUUUGAAUCUCACCUAUUCAAUAGGUGGGCAGAUCAGCUUCGAUGUGUUUCCAAACGGAUGGGACAAAACCUACUGCCUGCAGUUCCUGGACAAAGAUUUCCCCGAAAUCCAUUUCUUCGGCGACAAAACGUACAAAGGAGGAAACGACUACGAGAUCUUUUCGUCUCCAAGAACAGUCGGGCAUUCCGUAACGUGCCCUCAAGACACUAAGAAGGCCUGUACAGAGUUGUUCCUCUCGUCUUCCUAAUUUGGAACGACAUAGAGAGAGAGAGAGAGAGAGAGAGAGAGAGAGAGAGAGAGAGAGAGAGAGAGAGAGAGAGAGAGAGAGAGAGAGAGAGAGAGAGAGNAGAGAGAGAGAGAGAGAGAGAGAGAGAGAGAGAGAGAGAGAGAGAGAGAGAGAGAGAGAGAGAGCAAGACGGGACACGUGACGGCAAGGAAAAAGAUUGACUGGGGAGGUGUCGUUCAUGGAUGAUGGACGGGAAUACCUAAUUCUUUCUUAGAAUUGGAACUCGCUGGUUUUUCCUUGGAGAGCCUGGAAAGUAAUUUUGUCCUGCGAGAUUCAAACUUUCCAGUGAGUUGCUUGUACGUUUUUCUACAGACAGACAGACUCAGAGAGAGAGAGAGAGAGAGAGAGAGAGAGAGAGAGAGAGAGAGAGAGAGAGAGAGAGAGAGAGAGAGAAGUUUUGCCGCACAUCAGAUAGUGAGAGGUGGUGGAGAAAUGUUUUGGCCGUCAAUGGUGUAGCAGGUGUCGUUCAUGGAUGAUGGACGGGAACACCUAAUUCUUUCUUAGAAUUGGAACUCGCUGGUUUUGAGAGGCCCAUGUGUUUUUCCUGCUAUAUUUGGAGAAAUUAGGGUGUUUCCUCAACAUUGUUAUUCCGGUUAGGAGCCAGCCAUCUUAAGGGUGUAUCUUAUCUCAUUGGCCUCCAGGGGCCGUUCUUCUAUAAAUGUCUGACGUUGCUUUGCUCCAGGCUAAGGUUUUCGCGUUCGUACACUGGCAUGCUUGCCAGUAAUAAAUCAGUCGUGAAUAAUAAUAAUAAUAAUUAUCAGGCGCAAGUGGAUGGUCCUUCUCCAGGGUAUUGUCAACAAAUGUAACCUGGGGAUUCCUGACAUUGCGACAAGUGGCAUGACAAGGGAUCGAACCCGCGACCUUCUGCAGCUCCGUCGUCGUAAGGCUGCUUUGAGAUUUCCAAGGAGAAUAAGAAGACUGUUCCGAUGGUGCCUUAAAUUUUGCAAGUCUGCUUCGAGAUUCUGCGUCAACGAGGCGAAUAAUUGGGGAUUCCAUUGUUUUAUUCUUAUUUUAAAAAACAGAAGUCCAGGCUAAAAACAGGUUUGGGAGUUCGGAUGCACAAUAAAUGAGAAAUUUGGCC